AUGGCGAUUUCUUUCUUCCGAGCUCAUCUGCCUGUUCCUAACAUAAUCAGAGACUGCUCUGCAUCGUCAUCAAAGGAGAGAUGUUCGUUGGUGUGUUUAGUGGUCAAUGUGAGAGAUGUGAGUCUCUCCUGGUACAAAGGAAACCGUUUAUUGUCCAGCAUCAGUGUGUCUGGUGUCAGCAUCAGUCUCUCUCUACCUCUGGAGGUGGAAUAUCAGGAUAAAAACACCUACGGCUGUGUGAUCAACAAUACCAUCAGCAACCAGACCAGACAUCUCAACAUAACCGAGCACUGUCAGCCAUGUGCAGUGAUCUCUAUUCCUGUUGCUGUAUCUCUGUUAAUGGUUGCUGCAGUCGUGUUCUUCCGGAUCUACAAGGAAUUGAUCAAGAAGAAUGAGAAUGUUACAGAAUAUGAGCACAUGGACUAUAUACCUGUCGCCAUAAAAAAGGAGGAAACUCGUACAAAACCCGAGUCUGUGGUUGAGUUCCGGGAGUGCUCAACAUAUUAGAAUGAUUUCUGAAGGAUCACAUGAUACUGAAGACUGAAGUAAUGAUGCUAACAAUUCAGCUUGAUCACAGGAAUAAAUUAAAUUUUACAAUAUAGUCACACAGAAAACAGUAAUUUUAAAUUAUUGUAAUAUUUCACAAUCUUACUGUUUUUACUGUACUUUUGAUCAAAUAAAUGCAAGCUUGAUGAUCAGAAGAGACUACAAAUGUCUCAUUUAUUCUGAUCACACACUGAUCAUUUACAAUAUCUAAGCAGCUUUCUAAAAAAUGGAUAAAUUAGUAAAACUAAAACAUCAAUGUUCAGUUAAUUGUUGUAAUAUUCUAAAACAGGUUAAGGAGUUAUGUGUAUGACAGUAUGUUUAACUCCAAAAACACAAAUGAUCCUAAAACAUUUACAACACAAAAAUAGGUUUCACCAUGUACUUAUAUUGAGGUAGUAUACAAGUACCAAACGAAACAAAUCCAAAAAAAGUAGUAAGUGAAUAAGAGUGCCACCUAGCGUUAUUUUAGUAUCACUGACAUACUAUUAUACUGUUGUUAUACUAUAUUAUAGUUGUUUAUGUUUGUUUGUUUAAAUAUUUCAGUUUUAGUAAUUUCUCUAGGAUUUUAAUCACUUUUAAUAGGUUUCUUUUUUUAAAUUAUGCAUUUCAUUACAGUUUUUAGCACAUUCAAGUUCAACUCAAUGAAAAUGAAAAAUGUUGCUUUGACAACUUGAUGAAAAACAUGCUUUUGUUAAUAUUUUAUUUUACUUCGGGUAGCAUUUAUUUUAUUUCAAGAAACAAAACACUGUUUUAGUUUCAGUUUCAGUUUACUCUAACUCUGAUCCCACCUAAAAACAGGGCUUACAGUAUAUUUGAAUCAUGUUCAGGCAAAUCAUCUUCAUCACACAGUGAUUAUAACCAUUUACAGUGUACAUUUAUGCUACAUCUUGACCCUAAAGCAGAGUCAUGACAUCCUUCUAAUACAAAAUGUAUUCAUAUCACUAUUCAUUUACAAAUACAGUUUGCACAAAAUAUCUAACAAUACAAUAUUUACAGUAUGUCUCACAAUACCUCACCCUUUCGCCUCCAGUGGACAAUGUAAUACAUUACAGCUGCAAUCACCAGCAGGACAAAAACAGCAACAGCAGCAGCACAUAAUAUUGCUAUAAAACCUGAAGAUGGACAUGAAUGUGAAAUGAUAAAGACAGACAUU